AUGCCAGGCACGUCAUCGCAGCGUCCCGCACGCGCACGCGCAAUAAAUCCAUUUUCGGUAAUUUAUCACCCGGUCAAUUCGACACGGGCGACGCCGAAGGAGGCCAUCACGCGACUGACGCAGACGCCCUCACGCGACGCGAGGCGCAGAGCGCGUCGUCGCGGGCGCGUAUACACGAGCGAUAAGCAGGCGCUCGCCAUCACAGCUGCCCUUGCCCCUCGCCGUCACGCGCAGCGCCCGUCCAUGAUAGCCGGCACUGCACUCCCUCCCCGCGAGCUCCCCAGACCCGACCUGCUGCCUGUCACUCUCGCGCCCCGCAUCGUCUCGGAGGGCGCGCGUCGUCGCCUUGACUGCUCGAUACGGUCCCCUUGA